CACCACCAACCACCACCAUCAUUUUGAGGGCAAUCUGAUGGCCGCUUAUCAAAGUUUCUUCCUGAAGCUAUAGCAGGUGCUGUUGGGGCCAACUGAUGGACAAUCGAAGUAGAGCCCUGGCACUUUACAGGGCUUUCUAUCGGGCAGCCAAAUCAAUGCCGACAGCCAAUCGGAGGGACUACAUCAGGAAGAAAUCACGGUUUGAGUUUGAGGAGAACAGGCACGAAACUGACCCAUCAAGGAUCCGGGGGCUGCUCCAAUUUGCUGACCUGCAGCUAGAUAAUGUACAGAUACAGGCAAAACAUUUGUCCGAGCUCUUCGCACGUGACCCCAGUCGCUUUGAGAAGCCUGAUGCCUGAACUGGAACUUCAAUUCAAAAAGCAAUAUCACUGCGGCAGAGGAAUCUGACGGUGGUUGAAAAAGUACCAUAUGAUUGCCUUUUCAACAAUCUGCUUGUGCUGAUUACAUAAGCAGCUGAUCAUUGGUGGCAAUCUGUCUUGUUAGGAUGCAUACAGGCUGUGUCAGUCAUGGGGCUCGUCAAAUCGUAGAAAUCAGCGUACACAAUCUGUACAGUCAAAGAGGUCGGCAACCAGAAACACUUCCACAAACAUUAGCAUUACUGGAUCUGCAUCACAAGCGCUUGCUUAAUGGAGACCCGACAGUCAGACCACGUCUAGGCUCUUUCAGGGAAGGCAAUGGCCUAACAACAAGCUUUGUAAAGUAUGAUUCAAGAUGGAACUGCAGCGCAGUCCUUCCCGGUCAACCUGAAAACGACAUUGCGGCUGAAUCUAUAUCAAAACUGAACCGCUUCGAGUCUUGGGCGGAGAGGUGCCAGCAGGGGGAAGAGCUCGAUGCGGACGAGCUGCACAAAGUCGCUGGAGAAGCGUUUCAGAGCGAAGCCUGGCAGUCGGCUCACGUCCUGUACGCUCGCCUGAGCCUCAUGCGCACGGGCCGCUACGAGUACCUGUUGCGGUGCGGAGAAGCCGGCACGUACGCUGCGCCGACGGGGCAGCUGCGGGGCCGUGCGGGGCGAAAGUGCCUUCUCGAAGAUGCGGAACGGUACCUGCGGCGAGCAGUUGAGCUAGACGGCACGCGGCCGGAGGCUUACGCGGUGUUAGCGCUCAAUCUUGUCGAGAUGGGAAGGGGACGGGAGCGGGAAGUACCUGCGGUUAUCAAAACCAUGCUGACACUGCCAUCGAUGUCAGGGGCGCACGAAGACGUUGAGUCAAGACGAUACGUCGAGCUGGGGCUAAGGGUUGCAAGGGAGAUUUCCACCAACGCUGAGUCGUUCUGACUUUCGUCUUCUUCAGUGUGAUUAUGUUCGAUGCAUGCCGUUCAAAAAGAGAAAAUGUGAUACGUUUGUUGCCUGCCAGUCAAAGCCAGAAAGCGAGUGUCGGUACUUUUCCAAAAAUCGGCUCGAGCUAGCUCAUUGGCACGAGACUGCAUGGACAGGUGAAGAAAGCCACUGCAUG